UCAAAUGGGGACAAAUUCAGGGCAGAGAGGGCGGUCCUGAUGGCCGAUCUCGUGGCAAGGGCCGCUAAAGGCAGUUCCAAGAUCAAGGUCGGUGUAGGGAGUAGGCCUUUCUCAGAUAAUGAGUUUUCGAAGAUUUAUGGUCUGGUGCAGUGUUCUCCGGAAUUAUCAUUGCUAGAUUGUCAGGCAUGCUUGAGAGAGGCAUCCAAAUCUUUCGGAAGUGUUGCCGCAGAAGGCUUCAGAGUGCUAAACCCCGAUUGCAACGUUCAAUAUGAACUUUCUGUGUUCUACAAUGAAACUCGUUUGGUGGAAUUAGGGGUGCCUGUUAUUGCUUCAUUACCUUCCUCGUCGGCCUCUCAGCCAGAAAAAGAUACAAUACCAGGUGCUGACUAUAUUGGUGAUGGUGGAUUUCAACAAUAUGAUUUUAUCAGCAUUAGUGCUGCAACUGAUGGUUUUGAUGAAGCUAACAGGCUGGGGAGAGGUGGAUUUGGGACUGUUUAUAAGGGAAACCUUAUAACCGGAGAAGAAGUAGAAGUUAAAAGGUUGUCCAAAUAUUCAACGCAAGGCGAACCGCAAUUCAAGAAUGAGGUUUUCUUGGUUGCCAAACUUAAACAUAUGAAUUUGGUGAAACUCUUAGGUUUCUCUAUGGAAGGAGCUGAGAGGUUACUAAUAUAUGAAUUUGUUCAGAACGCAAGCCUUGACAAGUUCAUAUUUGAUCCAGUUAAGCGUUCGCAGUUGGAUUGGGAUAGCCGCUACAAGAUCAUAAGGGGCAUUGCGAAGGGAAUGAUGUAUUUGCACGAAGAGUCGGGACUCAAGAUCAUUCAUCGCGAUCUCAAAGGAAGUAAUGUAAUGCUAGAUGAUAAAUUGAAUCCAAAAAUUUCAGAUUUUGGGAUGGCAAGAUUAAUUAAACAAGAUGAUAGUGGCGGAAGUACACUCAACAUUGUUGGAACUUAUGGAUAUAUGGCACCUGAAUACGCAAUGCAAGGAAAAUACUCCUUCAAGUCUGAUGUGUUUAGUUUCGGGGUGCUGGUUCUGGAAAUCGUGAGUGGUCAAAGAAAUGGUUGCGUCCAAAAAGGGAAGAUGAAUGUGGAGGAGCUGUUGACUCUUGUAAGCAAGACAUGGAAGAACUGGCAAGAAGGAAGAGCAUUAAAUAUGAUAGAUCCUGUGCUGACAAGCAGUUCUUGUUCUGUGCUCGAUAUGGUGAGAUGCAUUCACAUCGGAUUGUUGUGUGUUCAAGAAGAUCCUGCAAACAGGCCAUCAAUGGCUUCGGUUGCUCUAAUGCUCAGUAGCUCAACAAUGACUCUGCCUCUACCUGAUGAAUGAACCUGCAUUCCAUAUGGAUUUAACAAAUCAGAAUUUAAAAGAGGCGAACUCCAGCGCAGGCUCAGUAUCUGUAAAUGAUAUUUCAGUAACCGAGUUAUAUCCUCGUUGAUCACGGCUGGUUGCUUGAUCCCCGGCACAUUGGUGGUCAUGACUUGUAUCUUCGCAUGCCACUCGAAGCACUAAUGUUAGGAAUAGACGAUAAAACUUACUUCAUAAUACUAGUCUACUCACGAGAAAGACCACAUUUAGCCUAUAAACCAAAAUCUAUCGUAACCAUACGAAUGUGGACAAGAAUAUUUGUACCGGAGUCUAAGCA